UUAAAUGAAAGCCCAAUAAUGAGAUUGAAAGUAAAGCAGACGUUUACCGCCUCUAUUUCUAGCGGGUUUGGGUCUCGCCCCACUACUUUUUAUAUCACCGCCUAGGUUUUAGUCCAAUCUAAAGGAUCCGCUUUUUCCGAAGCGACCAUGGCCAACCGUACCGACCCGGCGGCGAAGAGCAUUAGGGGAACCAACCCUCAGAAUCUGGUCGAAAAGAUCGUGCGCUCGAAGAUAUACCAGAAUACGUACUGGAAGGAGCAGUGUUUCGGUCUGACGGCGGAGACACUGGUUGACAAGGCAAUGGAGCUCGACCACAUCGGCGGAACUUACGGCGGAAAUCGGAAGCCCACUCCUUUCAUGUGCCUUGUCAUGAAAAUGCUUCAAAUCCAACCCGAAAAGGAUAUUGUCGUCGAAUUCAUCAAAAACGACGAUUACAAGUAUGUACGAGUUCUGGGAGCUUUUUAUCUGCGUCUUACGGGGAUCGACUCCGAUAUUUAUCGUUAUUUAGAGCCUUUGUACAACGAUUAUCGGAAAGUAAGGCGAAAAUCACCUGAUGGAAAUUUCAUGUUGACUCAUGUUGAUGAGGUUAUUGAUGAACUUCUCACCAGAGACUACUCCUGUGAUAUUGCUCUACCACGUAUUAAGAAAAGAUGGACUCUUGAAUCGCUUGGUGUACUGGAUGCAAGAAAAAGCGUGCUGGAAGAUGAUUUUGAGGAAGAAGAAGAGAAGGAUGAGAUGGAGCAAGAUGGUUUAGAAGAGGAGGUAGCUCAUGAAAAGGAUUAUUACCGAGCGAGAAGCCCUGCUAGAGAGAGAGAAAGGGAUUGGAGACGUGACAGUCAUAGACACAGGGAUCGGGAUUAUGACAGAGAUAGAGACUAUGAUAGAGAAAGGGGACGCGGCCGUGACAGAGAGAGGGACAGAGAUAGGGAUAGGGAUAGGGAUAGAGAUCGGUAUCGCCUGAGAGAGGAAAAGGAGUAUGGGUAUGAGAGGGAGCGAGAUAGAGAGAGGGAAGGUAGGGAGCGUGAUAGGCGAGACAGGGAGCGUGGCAGACGAAGGAGCCGUUCAAGGAGUAGGAGUAGGGAGCGGAAGAGACAUGGUCGCAGUAGUAUGAGUCCGAGAAGGCAUGAAGCAGAGGAUGGUAAUGCUCCAGAAGAGUCAAAGAAGAAGGGAAAGAAAGAAAAGAAAGAAAAGAAGGAAAAGAAGGAUGAUGGAACGGACCACCCUGAUCCAGAGAUUGCUGAAGCCAACAGGAUUCGAGCAUCCCUAGGUUUGAAACCAUUGAAAUUGUAAGCAUGGUAGAUGUUAUAUGCGGCAAGAUUAACUAUUAUAUCAUAUGAAGGUACAUUGGUGUUGUUUUGGUAUGUAUUGUUAAUACAAAAGCUAUGCGGGAGUUGGAAUCA